CCCCCUUUUGACCCUUCACGACCAAGUCUUGAGUGGGUCACAGUUUAUACAACUGUUUCAGAGUAAUAUACUGAGAGGCCGUUUGCGCUUGUGGUUGUAAUUUAACAAACAUGCUUUUUGUUCAACAGCACAUACAACACAUGUCUAGCAAGCAAACACAGGACACUAUUAACACAACUAGUAAUGGGUGAAACAUAAUAGACAACAUGCCCUUAGAAGUCAGGGACCAGGCUGUAAAAACGUCGUACCAGAGAUAGGCUGUUAGGGGUUUUUUUAGACCUAGCGAUUUGCAUGUUUUUAUUUGCAUGUAAUAUUUGAAUGACACAUUUCCCUAUAUUCCUUUGUGGCUGUGCCUUCUCAGAGAUUAUUAAACAGGUUGAUCUUUUUGGUGGCAGGCAAAUGGAGUAGAGCAAGUAUAUCUGCCAUGGGCUGUGGUCUGUUUAAUGCAGCAGGAGGAGGCAAAGAGCAACUCUGGAGGCAGCACGGUGCAGCGUUCCAAGUCGUUCAGCCUGAAAGCCCAGGUGAAGGAGAUGUGCGCGGCCUGCCAAAAACCCGUCUACCCCAUGGAGCGGCUGGUGGCCGAUAAGUUCGUCUUCCAUAAUGCCUGUUUCUGCUGCAAGCACUGCAAUGCCAAGCUCAGCCUGGGCAGCUACGCGGCGCUGCACGGCGAGUUCUACUGCAAGCCCCACUUCCAGCAGCUGUUCAAGAGCAAAGGCAACUACGACGAGGGGUUCGGGCGCAAGCAGCACAAGGAGCUGUGGGUGCACAAGGAGGUGGAGAGCGGGACCAAGUCGGCGUGAUGGGGCCCGUUCCUGCCCUUCCCCCCCACCCCGCGCCGAACCCAGAACGGGCAACGUGGAGCGUGCAGCUGAACCGAGGGCUGACUGAGCUGCUGUAAAGCAAAGGCGACCCCCAGGGGGCAGGCAGACGCCGCCUGGCUCCAAACAGCCACGUGGCCGGGGCGGGGGGGUGUCCUUUGGCAGGUGAAGGACCUGAGUGGGGCGGGAGGGUGCUGGGAAGCGCGAGGCUCAGUGGGGACGGUUGGAGGGGGCCGACUUGAAUGGAGCAUAACCCUUGAGAGCAGGUGCGCGGUGGGAGAGGGUCAGGGCUGGCCUGGGCGUAUCUGCUAAUAUCUAUAUGCCCCCCCCCCUUGCAGAAAUCGGGGAAGAGCCUCUGGGCGCCCACCAGACGAGCAUGCAAAGUGCACUUCCUUUAACCCCGUCCCCGCGGCCCAGGUGUCUGCUGCCCAGGAGAAGGAGGCAGUUGGGCGUCCACAGAGCCAGUGCCGUGGUGUCAACCGUCCCCCUCCCAUUCCCGUCCUGCCUGCCGGUGCUGGCGUGGGGGGGAGAAGCAGGGAGGGGGUCGCUCUUUGGUUUGCAGCAGCUCAGGUCAGCUGAGGUUGUUCAGCCUUCCCGAUGUUGCCCCGUGACUGUUUAACGUUGUCUGUCUGGUUUUUCUAGUUGCCUUUGAUUGGUACGUUCCGCACCGGAGCCCGGGCUGCCGGCUUGCUGCAGCAGGCCGCGGCCACGCGCUUUUUUUGAUUAUUUUUGUAAUACAAGGUUUCUGAGCCUUGCCUGA